AUGUUCUCCCCGCCCGCGCGAGGUGUGGUGGCUGCAGGGGCUGUUGGGGGUUCUUUCCUUUGUCUCCCUCUUAGCAAAGCGUUGGCGGUGAACCUGGGCGGAGCGGGCCUGAUGGCCACAAUGCUUGAAGAAGAUGUUUGUAUUUGGUAUUGGAUAAACAUAAUGGUGGAUACAACUCUGGGCGUUUAUGUCCAGUAUAUGCUGCUUCGAGGCGCGCGCCGCCUUUUCAAGGGCGCGAAAUGCCUGGAGUACGGCUCCUACGGCUCGCCCCCCCGCUGGUCUGCCUGUCUUUCCCAAGCCCUUUCUUGGCAGGCCUUUUGUCUCUUCAUGAAGAUCUUCGCAAGUGCCUUUAUGUUGGCUUUGCAGGAGCCCCUAGGCAAGCUAGGCAACGGCAGCUGCAGCAGCAGCAGCUGCAUCAACAGCAACAGCAGCAGCAGCAGCUGCAGCAGAAGCACCUGCAGCAGCUGCAGCAGCAGCAGCUGCAGCAACAGCAGCAGCAGCAGCAGCUGCUGCUGCAGCAGCAGCAGCAGCAGCUGCUGCUGCAGCAGCAGCAGCAGCAGCAGAAAUGAUAGGAAACCAAGUGCUUUCGAAACCUCAGGCGUGGUUUGUGCUCAUGGCUGA